AUGGCUCCUAUCACAUCUUUCAUGGCGGCGGCCAUCCUUGCCUUCGGGAGAACUAGCUUGGCCAUUCCCACCAACAAUCCCAUCCAACGCCGCUCAGGGGGUCUAUCCAUAACCAAUCAUGCAAGAAACUCGCAAGCCCCGGUUCCUAAGGUCAAGGCCUUGUCUAGAAGAGACCUCAAACCUUUUAGCGGCCAAAGUCCCAAGCCGUCCAACAUUACCGAUCCUCUCAAGAUUCGAGCCAUCAUUGGACCCGAUGAUCGUGUUCUAUGGGACUCUCAACAAUACCCCUACAGCGCCAUAGGCAGAAUCUCUGGAUCUGAUGGUGGGAGCUGUAGUGCUGCCCUGGUCGGCCCUAGGCAUGUUGCUACGGCCAAGCAUUGCGUUCCACCUGAGGGCGUCACCACGCGCUUUCAACCCAUGUAUUUUGAUGGCGACAAGGGGUCGUCAAAGCCUUAUCGCCAAGAGGGUAUCUCGGUGGUUCGAUGUGCUGAUUGUGCCCCGGGUGGCCCUCUAGAGACAGAUGCAGACGGAAUUCUGGGUCAGUCAGGAGGCCCACUCUGGCUUGAGCAGGACGGGUCCCCUUAUUUGUACGGCGUUCUAAGCGAAGUUGGCGAGGAGGGCACUGACUUCGCAUCUGGGCAAAAUCUGGUCAAUGCUAUUAGCAAGGCGAGGGCCGACUACCCAUGA